AUGCGUGUUAUUCGUUUUUCUGUCGCUUUUCAACACCAACAACACCUUUCGUUAUCGUCGUCGUCUGUUAAGAAGAAUCAUCGUCAUCGGAUAACGAACAACAACAAGAACAACAACAACGAGAGGAGGAGGAGGAGGAGGAGGAGGACGACGAAAGGGUUUUGGUCUUUGUUUUCGUUCAACGACAACGGCGACAGAACGAAUGAAGACAGAAUAGAUUUUGAGGAGGAAAAGAGGACGAGAGUAAACAACGUAAUUGGAAACCGUUGUUGGCAUUCAUCUCGUCGCCGAAUUGAAUCGAAUCGGGAAUUAGGAAAAGAAGAAGAAGAAGAAGAAGAAGAAGAACAAUCACAUCUCGCGCUAAGAACGACGUUGGCGAUCGCGACGACGAGUUUUUUAUCGUGGCAGUUGUUGUUGUUUUUUCUUCAAAGCGCGCUGUUGCCCGCGCGUGCCAACGCGACCACCAAUACUAGCAAGAACAACAACAACUCGUCCACUACGUUUCGGAUUUUGAAAGGGACGACGAAUAAAAAAUCGAGAGCAAAGCGGAACAGUUUCGUGCGACAAGCGGCGGAAUCGGUCGGACCGUGCGUGGUACGGGUGGACGCGUUGAUGCCUUCGCCUUCUUCAUCGCAGAAGGAACAACAACAACAACAAAAAGAACAACAACAACAGCGGGAAGAUGAAGGUCCGUCGCCGAAGAAGAAGAACGAGGACGAGGACGAAGCCCCGAAACGGAAGAAGAAUAACAGAAACGAGAACGGCAACGAUACUCGUUACGACGAGUGGCAUGCGGGCGGGGGUUGUGGUUUAGUUUUGGACGCGACUUUAGGGCGAGUGGUGACCAACGCGCACGUCGUCGGAGACGCGCAGAAAGUCAGAGUGACGUUCACUGAUGGUCGAACGUACAUCGCGGACGUGAAAGGCGUAGAUCAAACUGCUGAUAUCGCGCUUUUGAAGUUGAAUUUGAGAGCUUCGCACGUGUUGCCGAGUUGCGAUAUUGGGAAUUCAGACGAAGUUGACGUCGGGGAUUGGGCGGUCGCCGUAGGCAAUCCUUUUGGUCUGGACAAUUCGGUUGCUUUAGGAAUAAUAUCAAACUUAGCGAGAACGUCCACGGAGUUGGGCAUACCCGAACGACGAAGCGUGGAAUUCUUCCAAACAGAUUGUGCGAUAAACCCAGGUAAUAGCGGUGGCCCGUUAGUGAACGAGUUUUCCGAGGUUAUCGCCAUCAACGCGGCUAUACGACAAGAUGCCGAUGGUAUUGGAUUCGCGAUUCCAAUCAACACCGUUCGUCGAGUCGCAGAGGCGCUCUCGAGAGGCGAGAUAAUCGCGCGGCCGUACCUGGGAAUAGAAAUGGCCACGUUAUUGGAGGGCGGAACAUCCUCAUCCCCGGCGUCAUCCAUGCAGGCGUCAUCAGGAGACAACAACGCCAAUGCCACCGAUAAUACAACGAAAAACCCGCCUCGCGAAGGCGCGCUCAUCGUCAAGGUCUCCGAUGCCUCCCCAGCUCACCUCGCGGGCGUUCGCAUCGGUGAUGUUAUCAUUGAUUGUAACGGCGAAGCCAUCGUCGACGCGAACCAAGUCCGAAGAAUUGUUCUCGAAGCUGACCCAGGGAAAGUUUUAUCCAUCGUCGUUUGGAGAGUGGAUACGUUCACUUUGGAAACGUUAGACGUCGUCGUCGGCGACGCGAGUUUGGGACGCGUUUCGACCGCGAAGAGUGCCAACAGUAAUUACAAUAACAACGUCCACAGCAAUAACAACAACAACAAAGGAAAAGACUUGGUCAUCGCGCCGCCCGGGAUGGGCGGUAUUCAGCGCCGAGCGUGA